AAUACGAUAUAAAAUGCGACCGAAAAAUAACUUCUGUAUCACAUUAUUAUCAUAUUGAACUAAUCAUACAUCGCAAACACACGCGUUUCAUUCCAAUACCCCGAUACAACAAUCAUGAAGAAAUGGAAAAAGAUCUCUCUAUUCGUGUGCGUGUUUGCAUUCGUCAGAGAACUUAGACCUAUCGAACCGUUUUAUGCGGCUUACAUGACAAGUCCAGCUAUAAACAUCACGUUAACUCAGACGUCUAGAGAUGUUUAUGCAGUCGGAGCGUACUCGUGUUUUGGUCUCAUCAUCAUUGUGUUCCUGAUCACCGACUAUCUGAAAUAUAAGCCCGUGUUAAUAAUGGAUGGUAUAUGUGGUAUAAUAACCUACUGCAACAUUGUCGGACAUCCAAGUUUAUUGAGAUUGCAGAUCGGUCAAGUGUUUUACGGUUUUUUCUUUUCUUCCGAAGUGGCUUAUUUUGGUUACUUAUAUGCCAUGACCGACGAUAAACGUUACUAUCAAAGGAUCACAGGGCAAGCUAGAGCGGCAUGUCUGUCGGGCAAGUUCUUAUCGUCCUUAUUCGCCCAAACGGUCAGUCUCGUCAACGGUUCAGUUCCUUACGUUGAAUUGGUGUACGUCAGCGUAUUCGGGAUGUUUUUCUCUGCUGUGUGGGCCUUUUUAAUGCCUGACGUUACUAAUAGUGUGUAUUUUCACAACGAAAGAUCUGAAUCAAUCGAACAGCCUACACCGCCAGUUACAAAUACUACGUCUUCUUCUGGCGCAUCAAAAACCAUUGAGAAUAUUGAAUCUCAACCAUCAAAUACAAAAGUAGCAAAAAUUACCAACAAGGAAAUUAAUAAAAACAAAAGUCUGGGUCAAGUAUUAUUAUACUUAAAGAAGGAUUUCAUACGGUCGUAUUCAGAUCCUUACGUUAUAAAACUUUGUUUAUGGUGGGCUUUCGCUUUCGGAGCAUAUGUACAGGUUUACACUUACAUUAAUGUUUUAUACACAUAUGUAUUAGACUUAAACGAGGAUUCACAUUUUACUUUGUACAACGGAGCGGCAGAAUCACUAAAUACUUUAAUAGGGGCCAUUGCUGCGUAUUCGAUUGGAAAACUUGAACUAAAUUGGUUUAAAGUCGGAGACUUGUUUUUAGGAAUCGGUUCAAUACUCGCUGGAAUCGUACUUCUAGGUUGUUUUUACACGAGAACUAUGUGGUUCAUUUACGCUUUCUACAUCAUUUACGGAUGUCUUUACCAGACAAUGUUGACGGUCGCCGAAUCCGAGGUCGCAAAACGAUUGAGCAGAGAUAGUUACGGACUCGUAUUCGGAUUUAACUCGUUUAUAGCUCUGUUCCUACACACGCUAAUGACUUAUGGCAUCGUCCAAGGGCACAUUAUCUCGGUUUCGACGAUACAACAAUUCUUGAUUUAUGCUGUUUACUACAUGGCUAUUGGAGCAGUAUUCCUAAUUUUCUCAAUCAAAAAUUAUUUCUCAUCGACUACAACUGCCGCCAAUCUUAUAGAAUGUAAGCAAUAAAUUAUUUAUUUUAUUACUCAUAUAUCUACAACUCAUUAUUUUUUUUAAAUUUAUUUUUUUUAUAUUUUUUAUUACAUAUAAUUUUAAAAGAAUAUAAAUGCGUGAAUUGUGAACACUCUAAUAAAUAAUUCGAUUGGUUUGUGUUUA